ACAACAUGUGCGCAGUUGUUCGACCUCCACUGUCGUGUUGACUCAUGUGCAAUUUUCUGCAUUUUCAUCCGCAAAGGUAAAAUUUUAACCUGAACCAGCAGAUAAACAUGGACUCUAAUCUCGGAGAAAUGGACAAAAACGGAGAGGAACUGGCAGGAAGGAAGAAGUCACGUUUUAAGCAGCUGAAGACUCGUCUUUUUGGGAAACUGAAGAAGAAGGAAAGCGAUGGCCUGAUGAAGCAAAGCCAGUCUGCCAGUGAUAUCACUGCUCCAGAAGGCGGGAGAGAAAGCUAUGAUUCUGAGGACGAGUGUUUGUACCCUCAGUGUCUAAGCUCAAGGGCUCUGUCCCACGAUAGCAUCUUCUUUAGUGAACAGCCACAGUCUACAGAACCAACACGGGUUCUUUCACAAGAGAACGUUCAAGGAAAUAUUAAGGCACUGCAGUUAAAACUACAGCAGCAGAACUUACGUCUAGGACCUCCUCCGAUGCAGAUUCCCAGCAGACGCACCGAAGACUCGGGAGCCACUUCUGAGGAUGAUGGUUUACCCUGCAGCCCACCUGAGAUGUCUUUCCACGAGCAAGUGAUGCAUGAAGCAGUUUACAAGUAUCCAAAGUCUAAAAAGCAUCUGAGCUCUCUGAGUUUAGCGGGAACAGGAAGCGAAGAGGAAGAACAGAGCGACCCUUUUCAGCCAUCCUCAAGACCUCUAUCCCCAGUUUUCAAGCCACUCCCUCAGCCAAUACUCAGCCCCACCCCAGCCUUGACCACACCCACUGCCGGUGUUGACAUCAGUCGCCCUGUGAAUUACACACCCAGGCUGGAUAGCUCAGCCGCCCGCCAUCGCAUGUCAGUCAAACCUAGGAACCAGCGAGUCAGCACAAGGGUCAAAAGAGCGCCAAUGGCAUCUCUCACUCCAAGACAUCGUUCUGAAAGUGUCAAUGACUUGGACAACAUUCUGUCUGAGGAGGAGGAUGAUGAUGAAAGCCUGAAGACCACAGAAACCAUGCGACAUCGAUUAUAUUCCUCUCCGACUUUGAAGAUGCGAGAAAAACGUACAUCUCCAGAACCAAAACCAACCACUCCAAGCCUGUCGAUGCAGAACCAGGAUGAAAAACCUACAGAAAUUAAUUUACUAUCUCCUAAUGUUGAAACGCUAAACGAGUGCAGUGAAUCUGAGGGAAGGGUCACCAAUAAUCCUCUCUAUCUGCAGCCCAUGGAUUCGGGCAGAUUGUCACCUUUUGGACUUUUGCAAUCCACACAGACAUCAAGGGAGACAGAACCAUUAAGAGCCCAUUCGCCUAUCCAGAGGUACCAUACUCAAAACAUUCAGAUUUCUGACAAUAAAAGAUUAUGGAGGUCGAGUGAGAAUCUUCUGUGCGGCACUGAUCAAAAAGAUGGGAUCUUGCCAGAAGCAGCAUUCAGCUUACAUCCUGUACCUCCCAUCAGAAAUCCUACAUUGGAAAUGAGGAGCCCUACAUCUCCAAAAGGAGUCACAGUAGUUUCAGCGAAGUCUUGGGAGGUUCUACCGGAACCAUAUACUCCUGAAAUAUCACCAACUGCGGUCUCUAAAGGAAUCACUGGAUCGCCUUCUGGAAAAGACACGUUGUCGCUUAACUCCGUGUCCUUCCAGUUUUCCAUCGCAUCUGCAAAAUAUCGCUCCAAAACACCCAGUGAAAGUGUGGUGAAGCAAAAUGAUGGCGAUUUGAAAGGUCUUCCAGGAAUCAAGAUCAAAUCCAUCAGACCCAACACAGAACCACAGAAAGAAGAAGCAAGGGAGAUGACACCGAGCGAGCUGCAAAAUCACCUUCAACAUCAAACGCAAGAGACGAAAAAAAGCAAUUCUUGUAGAGAUGUAAUAUCUCUUAUUACCUCCAAACCAACAUCAGAAAACCAACUUAAAAAGACAGAGAUGUCUACAGAAUAUGUGGAUGCUGAAAAAACAGAGGAACCUGAGGACAGGAAGAAUGCUUUUGGAGUGCAGCUUCGUACCACCUCUCUGUCUCUGAAAUAUCGAUCGGAUGUUUCCAAAAUCAAGGAUGAAACCAAACGGUACAGUUUAGAGUCUACUCAAAGGCGGCCCGUCUCAGAAGAGCAUGUCUGGAAAGCCGAAACACCUAAAAAUAUGUGCGAUGCCAAUUCCAAAAGUAAAUCAAGUCUUCCCAGAAAACAAGAUUCGCAGAAUCUGGACACUCAGUUUACAGCCACAGACAAUGCAAGACCAUCUACGCAAGAUACAACAGAAAGCAAUGAUGCUGUAUCGGAGCCAGGCUGGAUGAGCCUAGCUAGAGAAAAGACCAAAGCGUACCAGCCACUCUUGGGCAAAUUAUACACAAAUCAGUCCCCACAAGUCAAUCCUCCGACGCUACCGACCCUGCAACCUCCAAAACCAACUGUACCACCCAAAACACAUCUUCCAAUGAAAACACAGCUUACGUUGAACAUAGCAAUUCAGACGAGCACACAACAGUCUUCACAAUUAACAACACCGAGAUCUCCCUCUAAACGGACCCCAGGUGGAAAUAAAGAGAGGCCCCGUUCACCCGCUCGAAGAGUAGAAAACCCAAUUAGCCAAUCAGCAGCCGGGGGACGACUAGCAGACAGUAAGCAGGAUAAAGGCACGUCUGCAUGCAGGUACACCACAUCAGAAGCCGAUGUAACUAAAAAAGCAACAGUCUCCACCAAAAUAGAGCUCACUAAUAGACAUGAGCCCAUCUUACCUGCCAACACAGAAGCACCUACUGUUACAACUGAGCCGUCACCAUCAUCAGAAGUCUGUCAUCAUCUGCAGCCUCGGUCAGAUGGAGCAGAGCCCUCCUGGAUGGAGCUUGCAAAGCGAAAGUCUUUGGCUUGGAGUGAUAAAACAUUAGAAUGAAGAUGAGACAAAAACAACAUUCAGAGAGAAGACAUUCUGGGAUGGACAAAUGAAGUGCUAGAAUACCAAAUGUUACAAACCACAAAUGUAAUUCUGUGUAAAUAACAGUGAAAGAUAAUAUCUUGCAUGUGCUGUUUUCAUUAUAGUUCACUUGCUUUAGUAAGACAUUGCUAAAACUCUGUCAGAUUUCACAUGGGUUAUGUUAUUCUUCACUGAAUGAUUCUUUGUAAAUGCAAAAUGUAGGAAAAAGAAUGUAUAACUCCCAUAAAUGCAUCUGUAUCUUUACAUUAAUAUCACACUGUUAUUUCAUAACAAAGGAUUUUAUUUCUGAUGCACCAAUAUUAAACUUAACAGACUUCUCAACAGAUA